CAUUUAAUUAGUAUGAGGAAAUAGAUUUUUUUGGAAUAUUUGGAAUAUUAUUAAACAAAAAAAUUUGUGUUUUGAAAAAAGUUUUUAGUUUAAAAACAAAGUUCUUAAAAAAAGUAAACUUCCAUCAUGUAUACCACAGCCUGCUUUACAAUUGGAUUACUUUUCCUGGCUUUAUGCUCCCUUACCCAGAGUCACCUCAAUGUGUAUCUUAAUCUGCAUGAGGUUAUGCGUCUUAUAGGUGUUUCGGCGGAAUUAUAUUAUGUACGAGAAGGACAAGUCAAUGAUUAUGCUUUAAACUUUGCGGUACCAGUGCCGGCAAACAUUAACGAAAUCUCAUUUACAUGGCAAAGCCUGGCACAUAAUCCCCUGCCUUACAGUCUCAACGUAAUCACUUCGGAUCCGUCUGUAUUGCCGCGUCCCACGGUGAACAUAUCACGUAUUGGGGAGAUACCAUUGGAACCGCAGACAUUUGCCAUUGGCAUGAAGUGUUCGGGGGUGCGUGAUGCUGAAGUAGAGGUGACCAUUGCCGUUGAAAUCAUACUCGACCAGCAGACCAACAACGUUACAGAUUUAGUAUUUAGACGUAAGAAAAUUUGUUUAGCCGGCUUACAAGAGGAUGCCAAUGGUAAUACAGUCAACAGCAAUCAUCAGGUUAACAAUGAACCAUAUAGUACGGGAGAACAUGAACAGAAAUUUGCUGGCAUGGGUGUUGGUGGCAUUAGCAAUAAUGGUUUUAUGCAUGACACAUCGUCUGUGGUUGACACAGCACACGAACAGAAUCGCAUUGAAGAGCACUCGGCUGAAGAAAAUAAUCAUAAUCAUCCACGUAACCGGAAUAGUAUCAUAAACCAAAAUAACAACAACAACAAUAACAGACAUAAUAAAGAAGAAAUGCCAGUGGGUAUUAUGAAUGAAUUCGAUCCCAUGUUAAAGGAGACAAUAGCUCCACCUACUGGUGGCCUGAUAACAUUAAUAAUUGGUGUCAUUUUGGCUUUAAUCUUAGUCACUACACUCAUAUUGAUUGCCUACUGUGCCAAGGGACCCACCAAACGUCCCAAUCAUGGUGUACAUCUUAUAAAAACAGCCAGUUUCCAGCGUCUACCCACCAUUUCAUCGACAGCUCACAACUCAAUAUAUGCCUGUCCUUCCACCAUAACACCUACCUAUGCUACUCUGACCAGACCUUUCCGCGAGUAUGAACACGAGCCAGAGGAGUUUAGUCGCCGUCUCAAUGAACUGAACGUGCAAAAGUGUCGUGUCCGUUUAUCGUGUCUGGUACAGGAAGGCACUUAUGGUCGCAUUUAUCGUGGCACUUACAAUGAUUGUCAAGAAGUUCUAGUUAAAACUGUGGCCCAGCAUGCCAAUCAAAUGCAAGUUACUCUACUGCUGCAAGAGGGUAUGAUGUUGUAUGAGGCUUCACAUCCCAAUGUUCUCUCCAUAUUGGGUGUUUCAAUUGAGGAUUAUACAACACCAUUUGUCCUGUAUACAGCGGGUAAUAAUACAAGGAAUUUGAAAUUGUUUUUGCAAGAGCCGACGUAUGCGCGCAGUGUGACCACCAUACAGACGGUUUUAAUGUCUUCGCAAUUGGCCAUGGCCAUGGAACAUUUGCAUAAUCAUGGUGUGAUACAUAAAGAUAUUGCUGCUAGGAAUUGUGUCAUUGAUGAUCAGCUACGUGUUAAAUUGUGUGACAGUUCCUUGAGCCGUGAUCUAUUCCCCGGUGACUAUCAUUGUCUGGGCGAUGGUGAAAAUCGUCCGAUCAAAUGGAUGUCACUGGAAGCGAUACAAAAGAAACAUUUCAACGAGGGCAGCGAUGUGUGGUCGUUUGGUGUUCUCAUGUGGGAGAUGUGUACGUUAGCAAAAAUGCCUUAUGCUGAAAUUGAUCCAUAUGAAAUGGAACAUUAUCUUAAGGAUGGUUAUCGAUUGGCACAGCCGUUCAAUUGUCCAGAUGAAUUAUUUACCAUUAUGGCUUAUUGUUGGGCCUCAUUACCCACAGAACGACCCUCGUUCAGUCAACUGCAAGUAUGUCUAUCGGAAUUCCACACACAAAUUACACGUUAUGUGUAAACCAACCCUACAAGUUUUGCCCCUUACUGUUAAACUAUUUUAUGUUUAUAAGGAUUUCAGUUUUUGUGUAUACAAAGUUUAUAAAUAUAUAUAUAAAUAUAAUAAUUAAUUUUUAAGUUUUUAUUCUUUAAUUAUGUUAAUUUAAAAUAAAAAAUACAUAUUUUCAGUUAAAUAAUCCUAAACUAAUCAUAAUCAUAACUUGUGUAAAUAAUUAUUAAAGAAGAAAAAAGUUAAAAUUUAAAUAAUUAAAGACAAAAGUAAAAACGAAAAAAAAACAAUUCUGUGGAAAAUGGUUAAUUGCAACAAAUUAAAAAAAAUAUAAAUAAAUUAUUUUUGUAGUUUGUAGAUAGUAUUCAAACAAACCCCCUGACGUCCCUCUCUUCCACUACUUGAUAACGAUUUCUGUUUAAAGUAACUUAAGAAAAAAACAAACCUAUUAAUUCCUUAAGAAGUGAAAAGAGAAAGAUUAUAUUUAAACUGCCAUACGUACAUACUUAAGAACUAAAAUUUCUACUAAUGAAUUUUUAAAAUUUAAUUAAAUUUUGUAUUUAACUGCAUUUAUUUAACGAUAAAAUUACUUUAAUUUUAACUAAGUUGUACAUAUUAAAUUUUCUCCUAAAAUUUUAACUAUUCUAAAAUAAAAUUUUUAUGUUCCACUUUAGUAUUUUAAGAACUUAAAGUCUCAUAAAGCAUUUUCUCAACUACAACCUAAAGGCAAAAAAAAUUAUUAACAUAUACAUACAUACAGACAUACAUACAUACAUAUAUAUUAAAUGUUAGAGGUAGAGCUGGGCCUACGUUUUAUGUUUUCCCACUCCCACCCCUACUCAGGUGUAGCUGUCCUCCUCGGUAGUUGUAUAAAUAUUUGUUAUAAUUUAUGCAUUUAUUUUCUUUAUUUCUUUCUUAAUUAUUUUAUAAAUAUAUAAAUAUUUUUUUGUUUCAUUAAUUUAUGUUUAAUUUAAAUUUUUUUUUAAAUAGUUAAUUAAGUUCCCACUGAAUGUGUAUCCUUCUUGUAAAAAAUAGAAUAUAAUGAUGAAAAAGGAAAAAAACUUCUUAAAAAUACACACUCACUUAAAUACAUAUGAAAAAGUAAUAAGAAUAAUUAAAAUGAAGAAAAUAAAAUAUAAAAAAAAUAAAACAUUUUAACGUCCGACAAAU